GCUUCUGGGUGCUACUUUCCUUCAUAAAAGAUGCUUGUCUUAGCCAAUUGGUUGCACAACAGGAUGAAUAGAACCUUUUCUCGGGCAAAGAUUAGAUUGUUAUUGGGGAAUAUGUUCAUAUGAGUGGAUUCUUGAUCGAACGAGUGGGUUCUUCACUCCGUUAUUGCCUUUUCGUCAACCAGCUGCCUAACUUGAGGAGGAGCCACUAGAGUUGCACCAUUGGCCAACAUCUUUGUGCCCGAGAAAAGGACGCAGCUAGUGAGAAGAAUGGAGGGAGAGUUGCAGAAAAGCUAUUUUGAGGUGCUGGGCAUUUGCUGCCCUUCAGAAAUUCCACUUAUUGAGAGGACAUUGAAGCCUCUUGAUGGUGUUCAUAAGGUCUCGGUUAGUGUUCCAACCAAGACGGUCACUGUCGUUCACAAUAGCCUACUGACCUCCCAAACUCAAAUUGUCAAGGCCCUCAAUCAAGCCAGACUCAAUGCAAGUGUUCGCAGCUAUGGUGGAAAGCCUGCAAGCACCAGGAGUUGGCCUAGCUUAUACACAGUAGGCUCUGGCCUUUUGCUGAUACCGUCAUUCUUCAAGGGCUUCUACGGGCCGCUGCAAUGGCUCGCAUUGGCCGCCGUUUUAGUCGGACUACCGCCGGUCAUCUUGAGAAGCUAUGCCGCGAUUCAGCGCCUAGUGCUUGACAUAAACAUCCUUUUGUUAAUUGCAGUUGGUGGAGCCGUCGGUUUAGGAGAUUAUCAAGAGGCAGGAACGAUCGUGUUUCUCUUCACGUUUGCCGAGUGGCUGGAAUCCCGAGCAAGUGACAAGGCACGCGACAUGAUGUCGAAUCUCAUGAAGGAGAUGCCACAAAAUGCAACCAUUGCAGAGACCGGCGCCGUUGUCCACCCAAAUGAAGUUAAUCUUGGCACUGUGCUUGUGGUCAAGGCCGGAGAAGUGAUUCCGAUCGACGGCGCCGUGGUCAACGGGAUGAGUGAGGUUGAUGAGAAAAGCUUGACAGGGGAGUCGACUCCAGUUGAAAAGACUGUUGGAUCACUUGUGUGGGGCGGCACUAUGAACCUUACUGGGUACAUUAACAUGAAGACAACUGCCCUCGCCGAGGACUCCGCAGUGGCGAAGAUGGCAAAGCUCGUAGAAGAGGCACACCAGAACAGGUCCAAAACACAGCGCAUAGUUGACGAAUUCGCGAAGUACUACACUCCAACUGUGGUGAUAGCAUCAGUUGGGUUAGCAGUUUUGCCAGCCAUACUCAGAGCCCACAACCUGCAGCACUGGGUCUAUCUGAGCCUGGUUGUGCUGGUCAGUGCUUGCCCUUGUGCUCUGGUCCUCUCCACACCAGUCGCCACAGAGUGUGCACUGCGCCGAGCAGCGUCGAUCGGCCUCCUGAUCAAGGGUGGGGAUCACCUCGAGUCGCUCGCACGGGUUAAGGUUGUGGCAUUCGACAAAACCGGAACAAUGACAUGUGGCAAGUUCGCCGUCUCUCACUUCCACUUGGAUGGUGAUGCUGCAACUAGAGACAAGUUGCUCUACUGGCUUUCAAGUCUGGAGAGAAAAUCAAACCAUCCAAUGGCGUCUGCUCUGGUUGAGUAUAGCAGAUUGAAUAGCAUAGAGGCAUGUUCAGACAAUGUGAAGGAUUUUCACAUAGUUCCAGGAGAAGGCAUCUCUGGGGAGAUAGACGGAACAAAGGUUUGCGUUGGGAAUAAAAGGAUGGCACAAAGGCUCGGAUGUCACGUUAAUGAUGAAGGGGAGGAUGACAGAAGAAGGGGAGUGACGAUGGGAUAUGUGAUGGUGGACGGGAAGAUGGCGGCGAAUUUUGGGGUAUGCGAUGAAUGCCGACCUGGGGCAAAGGCAGUCGUUCAACAACUGAGGUCGCUGGGGAUUAAGACCGCAAUGCUUACUGGGGACAGUCAAGUGGCUGCUAUGCACGUCCAAGAAGAGUUGGGGAACUCCAUAGACUUUGUUCAUGCAGAGCUUCUACCAGCAAAGAAGGUCAGCAUAAUUGAGGACCUUAAGAAGCUGGGACCAACAGCAAUGGUUGGUGAUGGCAUGAAUGAUGCCCCAGCAUUGGCAACUGCCACAGUUGGAAUCGCCAUGGGCGUUUCUGGAUCUGCCAUUGCCACGGAGACUUCACAUGUUACUUUGAUGUCCAACGACAUUGGAAAGAUUGCCAUAGCCAUCAAACUUGGCAGGAGAACACACCGAAAGAUCAUACAGAACAUAGUGUUGUCAGUCGCGACCAAGGCCGUGAUACUUGGGCUUGCCUUCGGCGGCCACCCGCGCCUAUGGGCUGCUAUUCUAGCUGAUGUAGGCACCUGUUUGCUGGUGAUUCUUAAUAGCAUGCUGCUGCUGCUGCAAGGGCAUAACCAUAUGGGCAAGUGCAAAAACCAGACUCAUAGUCCUCAUACACAUACUAAGACUUGUGCCCCUUGUGAUGGACACACUAAACAUACAUCUCACGUGCAUCUAGGCUGCUUUCCUUGUGCUGGACAUUGUACUCACAAUUACUCCUCACAUGGCACAUGCAAAGAGCAUGAUACAUGUAAAGCCAGUGCUAGACCAAGCGCUCACUCAGAAGAUCAUGAACAUACAAGCUGCAUAACCAACUGCCAUGGACACUUACAACAAUGUAGCCAGAGCGAGCCAAUCACAUGUGCGACAUAUGGUGGCCAUUCGGCCCCAUGCAUUGGCACGUGUAAACACCCGCAUCCUGACGAAAGCAGCAGAGCAACCGAUUGUGUUGCCAUGUGCAAGCACUCACAUAAAGAUGAGUGCAAAGGCACAUGCAACAAUGGAGAUGGAGGAGUAAGCAAUCAGAUUGAUGCCAUUGAAACUGUCCAGGAUCCGCCUGCUGAAAAGUUUCAAGAAAGGUCCAAAGAUGCCUGCAAGUGCCCAAGCUCAAGCGUAAGCAAGACCAAUGGAAGAAAGAAGAGUGAUGAAUGUGGCAAGUGCACCAAGUCUGAAGACACAGAGCACCAGGAGGUGCUGGGCAGCAGCUUCAGUGGAAUGGAGAAUGGGCAAACUUGCUGUGCUAAGGGCAUGGGAGACAGCAGGUGCUGCAGGACUAGCUGUUGUCGACCUAGAGGUGGUGCAUGUAUUCAUGCUGGAACCCUACUGACCGAAAUUAUAGUGGAAUAGCCCCUAUAAUGUUGUCUAAGAAGGACACUGACCAUCGCAUGUUUUUGUAAUUUGAGAGAGCAAGCCUUUCCUUCCAUCACAGGGGGCUUCAACUCUUCAGUCCUUGCUUGUCAAACGCAUGUGUUCGUAAAGAUGAUCGACCUCAAUUUUUUGUUGAGAUCAGAUAAGCAUGGGUAAAGUUUGCGCCUUUGAAAUAAAAGCAAGCUAUCAAUACUUUGAGCUCAAGCUGUUAGAAAACACAAUUAUACAUACAUACAUA